AUGAACGAUAAAGGAAUCAGUGUUUUCCAUCUUCCAGCAAGACAAGUGAUAGCAGUACUCGAAAAACCAGCCGAUUCACCUCGUAGUGAUCUUUACUGGCCACGUGUUACGUUUCCUGAUCCUGAUAGAUUAAUAAUAGCCUGGAGCAAUUACAUUUGGUCACUUAGAGUUUCCAUCAAGACUUCAGAAGAUGGCAAAGACAAUAUACCUACUUCGUCUGGUAUGAGUAGGAUUUUACCAUCAACUGCUAGUAUUUCUUUCCGAGCUGUUCAAGAAAAAAAAGUGGAGGUAGAGCAUAUUUUUAAACUCGAUAGUCUAAUAUCUGGAAUUGCGAGUUUUAAAGAUGACCUAUGGAUGGUUUUAACUUAUACACCACCAGAAGUCGAUGAACAAACAGGAAAGAAAGAUUUUUUCAAUCCUGAUUUAAAACUUAUCAAUUCAACUACUGGUGAAAUUGAAUUUGAAGAAGAGUUGGGAUUAAAAGAAAUUAAUAACUUGGGAUUGAAUGAUUUUAUGUUGGGAUCACAUAUAGAAACGUCUCCGAAAUAUUAUAUUAUUAGUGCUAAGGACGGAGUUAUUGCUGAAGAGUUUCAAAUGAGUGAUCGACUUUCAUGGUACUUGGACAAAGAAAAUUAUUUGCAAGCUUGGGAAAUUAGUGAGCAUUUAGUUAGUCCUGUUAAAAGAUUAAGUUAUGGUACACAAUAUGUGGAUCUGUUAAUUAGGGAUGAUGAGUGGGGAAAGGCAGCUGAAUUUUUGAAAAACUUAUUGCUAUUGGCUCCUGUAAAUAAGGAUACUAGUGAUACAAAAAGUUUGACACAGAUUAGUACAAACUCGACCCAGGGGGAAUUGGAAAAAGAAAUUUUAGGCUACUGGGAGACAUGGGCAGGAAUAUUUAUCAAGAGCAAUCACAUACCAGAACUCACAAGUGUCAUUCCUAUUGAAUCUGGAUGUUUAUCCACUGGUAUUUAUAACAAAAUUCUAGGAUACUGGAUUAAAGAAGAUCCUGAGAAAUGUUUACAACUUAUUAACGUAUGGGAUGUUAAUUUAUAUGAUUCUAAGGAAAUUUCAAAGGAAUUAGAACCACUUUCUGUGAGUAAUGAAACAAUUGAACGUGCCUUGGUUAUCUUAUAUAACAAAACAUUGAAUCCGAUAAAAGCAGUGCCUCACUUGGUUCAUUUGAGAGAUUCAAAUAUUGUUGAGUAUCUAUCUGAUAAUCAUAUAUUAGUUAAUUUUACUUCACAAUUACCGGUAAUGAUCAAUUUGAUGUUUGAACCUGGAGAUUUGGAAACCAUGUUAGUAACUGAGAUUGAACCAAGAUUAGAAAAAGUUGUUGCUAUUCUUGUUGACCAUAGGUUAGAAAUUGCCCCGAAGGAAAUUGUCAACUUGUUGAAUGAGUCUGACUUGUCAUUUGUUAGUUUCUUUUACUUGGAGAAGCUUGGUGAGAUUGAUAAUUUCCUAUUAGAAGGAUUUGGUAAUGAUCGUGUCAAGCUAUAUGCAGAUUACAAGAGGGACAAAUUGUUACCGUACUUAACUAAAAAUGAUGAUUAUGAUAUUGAAGCUGCAAUUACUAUCUGUGAGAAUAAUGAAUAUACCAAGGAGUUGGUCUACUUAUUGGGUAAAAUAGGUCAAAACAAGCAGGCAUUAUCUUUGGUAAUAAAUAAACUAGAAGAUGCCACUAUGGCAAUAGAAUUUGCCAAGCAUCAAAAUGAGAGAGAAACCUGGGAAAUGUUACUUGACGAAUCAAUGACAAGACCUAAAUUUAUUAAGGCGUUGAUUGAGAAUUCCGAUGAGACAUCCAAUGCUUUUUACGAUCCAAUUACUAUAUUACAAAGAAUGCCGUCUGACUUUGUCAUUGAAGGGUUAAAUGAAUCAGUCAUUGAAUUUUCCAAAAAUAAUGAUUUAAACAUGUUAUUAAAUCAAAUUAUUUUAAAGAUCAUUUAUAAACAAUCUGCCAUGACUUCACAAGAGUAUAAACGAGAGAAAAUCAAAGGGUUUGAAAUCAAGGUUGACGAGUCUAUCAAAGAGAUGAUUCAAGAAUUUGAAACCAUUGUUGCAAUUGUAAAGAAUGGAAGUAACGAUGAAAAUUCAAAAAUUAUAGAUGUUCAACUUGAAUCAAAAUUAGUUGAUGAUUAUAGUAAACUUCCAUAUUCAGGGUUGUCCGAAAAGCUUGCACAUAUAAAACAAUUAGAAGAAAAGUUAUCUUGA